GCCGAUACUGCCGUUUUCGUUCACACCCAUGAAAUUCACAGUCGAAAAUGAUGGAUGCGACAAUUGCUGAUGUUGUUGCAAUCUCACGUUUUCAUGAAAGCCAUGUUGUUGAAACAGCUGACAAGUACUGGGGAUCGUCGGUCGGUGGGAAAUUUGGUCUGCCGGUUUGGUUCUCUGAGAUGAGUGCAAGUGGGAUUCGUGGAGAUAAUGGUAGUGGUUCUGAUUCUGUGGAUUGGAAAUGGGAAAAACAGAAGAAUUACAGCCACCAUCCAUUAAUUGGAGGUGAAUGUUUUGAGCAUCGUAAUUGGGAGGAUGCAUACUUCGGAAUUUAAGCGUAGAAGGAGCCCAAUGAGUAGGGGUAUUUAAUACUCGGGAGAAAUGAAUUGAGAGGGAAAAUAGGGUUGAGGUUGCUCCCAUCAAAAGAAUUUUUUUUUUAGAGUAUAAAAUAA